UUGCGUAGCGUGGGUGGUGCCUCGUCAGAUGUGCGCCAUCGGUGGGAAGAUGCUGGCCUCCGCCUCGCUGACGCUGGUGUGGAUCUUCGCGGCCGAAGUGUUCCCGACAUUGUACCGGACGGUCGGAGUCAGCACCUGCCUGGUCGGCACCCGCGUGGGCUCUUCGACGGCCCCGUUUCUGUUGGAACUGAGAACCUACCUGUCUGACUCGAUCCCCAUGAUCACUCUGGCAGCCGCUGCCGUGUUCGCCUCCUCGCUGAUGCUCUUGUUGCCGGAGACACUACGGGUUACGCUACCGGACACGAUACGCGAGUCCAAGCAGCUGGGGAAUUCGAGGAAAGCUGGCAAAGACGUCCCCUUUAAAGAUAUUGCGAUCGACUCGAAACUUCAACUUGCGGGGUGUCAACCAACCGCGAUGGACAAUGACAUCAACCACUGAACUAGCUCAUAUCAUCUAUCGCUAGGACUUCGCCUUGAGAAUGCCAGCAAUGGCAAUAACCACGAUUCCCUGGUUCGACUGCCCCCUUGAGGCCUCCACAUUCAACUGAAGGUUGAAUUCGAAAUGGGGAAUGUUAAAAAAGACGUCACGUGGCCAAAGGUGCCAUACAAAACGAAUCAUGACUCCUUUGAUUGUUCAGUUGUCUUUUUGGACUAUAUAGGACAUUUUAUUUUAAAAUUAACAGAAUUGGAAAAAAAAAUCUCCCUUAGCGAUUGGCACAAUUCUUCUUCAGUGGAUUACUCGAAGAGAGAGACAUCAGUUGCACGAGAAAUCGGAAGACAGUAUCGACAAAUUGACAAAAACCUCACUAAUUACUUUUUAGAAAAUGACGGUACAUAUUGCAAUUUACGAAUUGGAUCCGGUGAGUUCGCAAAGUAUGCAUAUAUGUACACAUUUCUGAUGUGGAACUCCUGAUCGUGAGGGCAGGUUAACAGUUAUAAUAGUUUGCUAUCCUGCCUUGACAAAUGGAGUUCUACUAUUAACGGUUGGUUUAAUAAAUUCUAUGUAUAUGUUUGAACAACUCGUCCUUGUGCCGUAAUCUUGUUUCAUGU